AUGGCCCUGGGGACGAUGCUCAAGGCUCCUCUCCUGCUCCUGGGGCUGCUGACUAAAGGCCUGGCACAGUUGGCGAUUCCUGCCUCCAUCCCCCAGGGCUUCUGGGCCCUGCCUGAAAACCUGACAGUGGUGGAGGGGGCCUCGGUGGAGCUGCAGUGUGGGGUCAGCAGUGCGGUGCAAUGGGCCAAAGAUGGGCUGCUCCUGGGCCCCGACCCCAGGAUCCCAGGCUUCCCGAGGUACCGCCGGGAAGGGGACCCUGCUAGAGGUGAAUUCCACCUGCACAUCCAGGCCUGUGACCUCAGCGAUGACGCGGAGUAAGAGUGCCAGGUCGGCCACUCGGAGAUGGGGCCCGAGCUCGUGUCUCCCAAAGUGAUCCUCUCCGUCCUGGUUCCUCCCAAGCUGCUCCACCUGACCCCGGAGGCAGGCACCAUGGUCACCUGGGUAGCUGGGCAAGAGUACGUGGUCAGCUUUGGGGACGCGCAGCCAGCACCUGACAUCACCAUUCUCCUGAGUGAACAGACAAUAUCCAACAUCUCUGCAAACAUGAACGAGGGCUCCCAGCAGAAGCUCUUCACUGUGGAGGCCACAGCCAGGGUGACACCCCAGAGCUCGGAUAAUGGGCAGUUGCUAGUCUGUGAGGCGUCUAGCCGAGCACUGGAGGCCCCCAUCAAGGCCUCAUUCACCGUGAAUGUUCUGUUCCCUCCAGGACCCCCUGUCUUCGAGUGGCCAGGCUUGGAUGAUGGGCACGUGUGGGCAGGAGAGAGCUUGGAGCUGCCAUGCGUGGCCCAAAGGGGGAAUCCCUUAGCCACACUGCAGUGCCUGAAGAAUGGCCAGCCGGUGUCCACAGCGUGGGGCACAGAGCAUACCCAGGCCGUGGCCCACAGUGUGCUGGCGAUGACCGUGAGGCCAGAAGACCAUGGAGCGCAGCUCAGCUGCAAGGCCCAUAACAGCGUGUCUGCAGGGACCCAGGAGCGCAGCAGCAUGCUGCAGGUCACCUUUCCCCCUAGUGCCAUUACAAUCCUGGGAUCUGCAUCCCAGGUUGAGAACAAGAACGUGACACUCUCCUUCAGCAAGUCCAGUCGCCCACGGGUCCUGCUACGAUGGUGGCUGGGCUGGCGGCAGCUGCUGCCCAUGGAGGAGACGAUCAUGGAUGGACUGCAUGGUGGUUACAUCUCCAUGUCCAACCUGACAUUCCUGGCGUGGCGGGAGGACAACGGUCUGACCCUCACAUGUGAGGCCUUCAGUGAAGCCUUCACCAAGGAGACCUUCAAGUAGUCGCUCACCCUGAACAUAAAAUAUCCCGCCCAGAAACUGUGGAUUGAGGGUGCCCCAGAGGGGCAGAAGCUCUGGGCUGGGACCCGGAUGAGGCUGGUGUGUUUGGCCAUCAGGGGCAACCCAGAGCCCUCCCUCACAUGGUACAGGGACUGGCGCACGGUGACUGAGCCGCAGCUGAGGCAGGAGCCGCGGCGCAUGCAGCUCGGCAACGUGGAGAAAUCUGGGAGCACUUUCUCCCGAGAGCUGGUGCUGGUCACAGGGCCCUUGGACAACCAGGCCAAGUUCACAUGCAAGGCUGGCCAGUUCAGCGCGUCCACGCAGCUGGCGGUGCAGUUUCCCCCAACUAACGUGACGAUCCUGGCCAAGGCACCACACUCCACACUGCGCCCGGGGGACGCCUUAAACUUGACAUGCAUCAGCGUUAGCAGCAACCCGCAGGUCAACUUGUCCUGGGACAAGGAAGGCAAGAGGCUGGAGGGCUUGGCCGCCCCGCCCCGGAGAGCCCCGUUCAAAGGCUCCGCGGCCAGAAGCGUCCUUCUGCAAGUGUCAUCCCGCCAUCAUGGCCAACGUGUGACCUGCCGCGCCCACAGCGCCGAGCUCCGCGAAACCGUGAGCUCCUAUCGCCUCAACGUGCUGUACCGUCCAGAGUUCCUGGGGGAGCAGGUGUUGGUGGUGACCGCGGUGGAGCAGGGCGAGGCGUUGCUGCCCGUGUCCGUGUCCGCUAACCCGAAGGCCUUCAACUGGACCUUCCGCAGCUAUCGCCUCAGUGCAGUGGGCGGCCCCCGGCAUGGCAUCCCGUCCAGCGGGGCUCUGCAUCUAUGCAAUGUGACCUGCACGUACAACGGCCUCUAUCAGCUGCACUGCCAGAACUCCGAGGGCACCGCGGAAGCGCUGCUGCGGUUGGACGUGCACUAUGCUCCCACCAUCCAUGCCCUCCAGGACCCCACUGAGGUGAACGUUGGGGGUUCUGUGGAUAUAGUCUGCACUGUUGAUGCCAAUCCCAUCCUCCCAGGCAUGUUCAGCUGGGAGAGACUGGGAGAAGAUGAGGAGGACCAGAGCCUGGAUGACAUGGAGAAGAUAUCCAAGGGACCCAUGGGGCGCCUGUGGAUUCACCAGGCCAAACUGGCCCAGACUGGUGCUUACCAGUGCAUCGUGGACAACGGGGUGGCGCCUCCAGCACGAGGGCUGGUCCGUCUUGUUGUCAGAUUUGCCCCCCAGGUGGAGCACCCCAAUCCUAAGGUGGCUGCAACUGGGCACAGCACCAGUUCUGCCACCCUCCACUGCUGUGCCCGAGGUGUCCCCAACAUCGUUUUCACUUGGACCAAAAAUGGGGUCCCUCUGGACCUCCAAGAUCCCACGUACACGGAGCACACAUACCAGCAGGGUGGUGUCCACAGCAGCCUCUUGACCAUUACCAACGUGUCUGCAGCCCAGGAUUACACCCUCUUCACAUGCACAGCCACCAACUCCCUAGGCUCGGACCAAACCAACAUUCAACUCGUCAGCAUCAGUAUGGAGGGGCUGUGA